AUGUCUGAAGUCAACGAAUCUCCAGUAAUCUCGGACUCAAAGACAGUUGAUAAGCAGUCGUUACGAUUCUCUUCGACCGGCGACGAUAUCAUCGUAUUCCGCUCGAGCGACGGCACCCUCUUCAAUAUCCACCGCUGCAAUCUCAAGUGCACCACGGAUGGGCCCCUUGCCGCUGACUUCCCUGCUAUUGCCGGUGAAGAGGUGGAGCUUACAGAGGAUGGCGACACGCUCGAGACGCUUUUCGCGUUCGUCUACCCGGGCGCGCCCCCUUCCCUGAAGGAUCUGCCAAUCGACGCGUUCAUGAAGAUUGCAGAAGCUGCAGAGAAGUAUCACAUCGCACCGGCGUUGAGCGUAUGUAAUCUUAUCAUUGACCUCAAAUUUCUCUACAAGGAUCACCCCCUCGAGAUACUCCAGCAUGCAGAUCGCCACAAUCGUUGGGAGCUGCUCGACCUCGCGGCUCCAUACACUCUAGACGCGACGACUGCAGCAGCCCGCGCGACGCUUUCUAUACACGUAUUCGCUGCUUGGGUCGAAUACAGAGAUACCUGGAUCAACGUCUUCCGACAGAAAUGCCACGAAAUUCGAUUUCGAGCCGUGCACUAUGGAAACAUCUCAGCAUGCCGAUACUGGCCCUGCGUAGUCGCUGUCAUCGAAAAGAGGGUAUACGAAUUGGGAUAUGACACCCUCCUCAGGGAUCCCCAUGCCAUUUUUUCUGAAGGCAAAGAUCAUAUCUCAUUCGUGGGCAGUGUGGGGGGACCCAAGGAGGCAUCUCAGUGUUCAAGAUGCGACAUACAGGUGGAUGAAUGGGAGGAGCUUAUACGGGCGGAAGCUUCUGCCUUGCCGAUGUUUUCGGCCUUCCUGUCCCCGGAUGUGAAGACGUGA